AUGGAUAUAUCUGUGGACACCUUCAUCUCGUUGCCGAAGUUCGGCCCCGCCCCAUCAGCCGCCGCGGGGGCCCCCGGGGGGCCCCCCUUGGGGGGCCCCCCGGGGGGCCCCCCCGGGGGCCCCCCGGGGGGCCCCCCGGGGGCCCCCGGGGGGCCCCCCGGCCCCGUGGCGCAGCGGCUGAGGGCCUCCGGAGGGGCCCCCAGCCCCCGGGGCGGCCACAGUGCCACCUACUUUGGGGAAAAGAUAUACUUGUUUGGGGGCCAGGAGUUGUUGGGAAUAAAAGAGGGUUUUAAAUAUUAUAAUGAAGUUUUUAUUUUGAAACUCAAAACCCUCAAGUGGCAGCGCCUCGAAAGGGCCCGCGGCUGCCCCCCAGCCCCCAGAUAUGGCCACUCUGCAUGCGCUUGGGGCCCCAAAAUCAUUUUCUUCGGGGGCAAGGGGGGCCCCCAGACUUACUUCAACGACUUGCAUGCCCUCGACGUCAACACCCACACUUGGUACCGGGGCCCCACCCCGGGGGCCCCCCCGGGGGGCCCCCCGGGGGCCCCUCCCGGGGGCCCCCCGGGGGCCCCUCCGGGGGGGGGCCCCCAGGGGCCCCGCCAGGGCUCCGCGAAAGGGGGCCCCCAGGGGGGCCCCCAGGGGGGCCCCCAGGGGGGCCCCCAGGGGGGCCCCCAGGGGGGCCCCCAGGGGGGGCCCCAGGGAGCCACCAAGGGGGGGCCCCAGGGGGGCCCCCAGGGGGGCCCCCAGGGGGGCCCCAAGGGGGGGCCCCCCGAGGCAGCGUGUGGGGGCCCCGGGCCCCGUUUUUGGCACAGCUGCAACUUGAGGGGCCCGGAAAUGUACAUAUUUGGAGGGGCUCGAGAUAAAGUUCUUUUAAAUGAUUGUUUUUGUUUGGAUUUGAAAAAAAUGGAAUGGAAAGAAAUAAAAGCGGGGGGAGAAAGCCCCAAACCCCGCGCAGCGCAUGCAGCCGCCCUCGUGGCCAACCACCUCUUCGUCUACGGCGGCCUCGGCAAAACGCAAGUCCGCAAACCCUAA